CCGUUGGUCGGGUGUGCAAAAAUGCAGACUUCAUGCGUAGAAUUAUAAGUAAAUAAAUAUAAGUAUAUAUACCUAGUUGAUCUAUGGUAAUACUCCUUUAAAAAUCUUCGUAAAUGCUACAAAAUUCUCCGCGGUGUCGUACAUUGUUCAUUGUUGCUUUUCAAACCAGUUGAUUUCUUCUAACUCAGCGUUUAGCUCAUCCCGCUGUCUUUAGCCGCAGCUACGCAUCCUAUCACAAAAGUUUCGGAGUGAUUUCUUAUACAUAUACAUUUCAUUAUUAAAUUACAUAAUUAAUGUUUUGGUGGCAAAGAUGUUGCAGCAGCCAUCACUGAACAUGUUAAUAACUGCUGUUCUGCUUUCGACCUGCAUCAUGGAACUUAAAGGCCAACUUACAGGCAGUACCGUUGAAGUGCACGGAUGGCAGUCAUCAUGUUCCUCACGAGAAACCAACACACAACGCCCUUUACCAUCACCAAUGGAAUGCGCACAAGCUUGUUCCCGAACAAUUUCGUGUCACUUUGUUAACUUUGACACAACCAGCAAAGUCUGUACACUGGUCAGCAAGGAUGCUCAGUGCUCGUACCUACCCGUAUCCACUUCCGUUCUAGCCGCUACAACCACCAAGCAUCUGACAAUCAAGCCAUCUACAGACAUCUAUGUUGGACGGCAAAUUGCUUGGCUGGUUGUGGACGACAAAGAGACAUGCAAAAAAUUGUGCCAAAUUGUGGCGAAAUGCAAUGCAUCUGUGUUUCGCAGAGAUGGAGCAUGCUCACUGAAAACCAUUCCACAGUCAGCUGAAUUUGGACUGGAUAAAACUGCCACUGCUUUUGUGGAUUUAGCUUCACUUCGUCCAUAGAUUACGCGGCCCAGCGCUUGUUAAAUCGAUAAUCCCAACUUUCAAUCAUGAAAAAUAAACAAACUUUAAAAAUCAGGAUGUAAUGAUAAUUUCCUGCAACUGAUAACAGUUUCGUCCUUUGCUUUCCUUUGGAGACCAAUAAUUUUCAAUGUCCACUGUGAUGAUUCGCGGUCAACCUUCACUGUCACAAUAACAUCGAUCUUUGACAGUAUCACUUACGUACAUGAUGCGAGUCAUUUCAUCCGUGCUUCGAAUUUUUGUAGUUUGCACAACUAAUACUGAACACAAUUACACAAAAUUCUAGAUCAUUAUGCAAGGUGCAUAUCAAUGAACAGGUAGCAACAGAUCAUUUUUAAAACUACAAACAAGUAUAUCACACAAAGCAUUAAAUCCAUCUAAAGAAAUUACAUCGAGCAUUAGGAUC